AUGCCCCUGCUAGCUCCUCAUCUCCUGCCCCUCCUGCCCUUUCUGUCCCUCCUGUCCCUCCUGCUGGUGACAGGCACAGGGGUCUCCCCGCCCAGCCCCAAGGUACUGCCCCGGGGCUGCUACAUCGCAGAAGAAGCUGGGGAGCAGACAUUCCGCUGCAGCAGGGCUGGCCUGAGUACCGUGCCCAACGGCAUCCCCAACGACACCCGAAAGCUUUACCUGGAUGCCAACCAGCUGGCAUCGGUGCCAGCUGGUGCCUUCCAGCACCUGCCCGUCCUGGAAGAGUUAGACCUGUCUCAUAAUGCCCUUGUCCGCGUCUCGGGGGCUGCCUUCCAGGGCCUGGAAGGCACCCUGCGCCACCUUGACCUCUCUGCUAACCAGCUGGCAUCUGUGCCUGUGGCAGCCUUCAUGGGGCUGCAGAUCCAAGUGAACCUGUCCGCCAACCCAUGGCGCUGCGACUGUGCCCUUCAGGAAGUGCUCAGGCACGUAAGGUUAGCUCCAGGCUCAGGGACAGGCAUCGUGUGUGGUCCAGGAGCCCGGCCAGAUCUCGUGGGACAGGAGUUCCUUCUGCUCACCAGGGAGGAAGAGCUGUGUGGGACAGGACGAGGUGGGACCCGAAGGAGCACAGAUGUGGCUUUGCUAGUCACCAUGGGAGGCUGGUUGACACUGGUAGUGGCUUAUCUGAUCCACUAUGUGUGGCAGAACCGGGAUGAGACCCGGCGUCCGGUCAAGCGGGUUCCUCUUGUGCAGCCCAUGCGCUCAGAGGAUUCCUCUACCCUCAGCACCGUAGUCUGA